AGCCAUCAUUGUUGACGGUUCGCUAGCUUGGCUACGUACGCGAAAGUGCCGCUGUUGGAAAUAAUUGUCGCGAAAUAAAAUUCACGAUUUUCGCCCGGAAAAUUCCCUACAACCAGUGCAUUCGGUAGUGAAAAUGGAAAAUCUGUUAUGUUAAAAUGUUUAUUAAGUUGAAUUUUGUGCAGACCGUUGAGAGAAUCAAUUUUAUUUGCUAGUGAUACGACCCGGUAUAUUUUGCUAUCAGAUUUGUGAAUCAUAUUUUGGUGGGAAAAGUUAGAUUCGAUUUAUCGGAGUUUUGUGGAAAAUAAUUAUGGGGAAAUCAAAAACCCGCACCUCGCGGGUUUCGUUAACUGAAAAAAUCAUCGGAAGAGAAGGUAAUCACACUAAAAUGAAUCGCAAGAAAUCGAUACAUAUAUCGCCUGAGGUUGACGUGGAGCAGAUGCUGGAAUCUAACGUAAUAUGUACUGAAGAUGGAAGUAGUCGGACAUGCAGCGGACUGAGGAAUGGGGACUCGAUCCAAACAAAACCCAACCGUAGUCGGAACAGUGCAAGAGAGCGCAAAACAUUAGAAGCGUCAGACGCAGAUUCCACGAAACCCACAACCAAAACACCACCUAACUUGACUCGCACAUUGCGAGUAAGGAUUAGGAGAAUUAGCCACCACCAGCCUGCAAACAAAAACGAAUCUACCGUACCGCUCGUUGAUGUAAACAUGGUUGAAGAUCAAUUGAAGCUGAACAAGAGUGAAGAACCUGUUUCGGAACCACCGAUUCCUUCUGAUGAAAAUGUUUCGGAAGAAAUAAAGCCACAACCUGAACCAAUAGAAGCGAGAGUAGAGCAGUUGAACAAAAGCAAUCUUGAAGCGUCCCCAUCGCAAAGAUCACCAAAGGCAUCGACUGAAGACAAUUUAAAAUCGCCCCAGAGAUCUAAACAUCUUCUAAAGCAACUUGAAAGCUCUCUGAGUCCAAAGUAUAUGAAUCCGAAUGUAACUACCAAAGGACAGCCCACUAGCCGCUACGGAAGGAUACGAAAGCAAAAGGAGAACAGCGAUUAUAUACCAUUAGAUGUUGCAAAGUUCAUAACGAAAUCUCCAGCCAAAUUGAAAAUUGUCAAAAAGGAGCUGAGCAAUGAACUUUCACAUGACCAGAAACAGCUUCCACCGGAAGCAUCAUCUCAGCCAUUGACUGAGCUGAAUGCAUCACCGGAAAAGGUAAAUCCAACAUCCCUUGAGCGAAAAACAGAACUUUCCAAGGUCCCCCUUUUAUCGGAACCAGACCCAUCGAGUGAGCUCUCCGAUAUUCCAAGUUCUGUUGAAGUUGUACACGAAAAUAUAAUUCCCGCUACGGAUGAAGAUGCCAUGUCGGAAAUUAUUCCAAUCAUAGAUCCUAACGCCAGUCUUGUUGGGAUAGAUAAAAUCCAAAUAAUCGAUUUGGACGGAAGUUUUUGGGAAAGUGUGAUAUCGCCUGCUCCUAGUACGCCUGUAGUCGAUGAAGCCGAUGUUCCUACCAGUCCGGAAAAAGCACCAGAAGCAAACAUUGUUCCACUUCCGUCCCCCGGAGCGUCAUCUGAAAUGAUCGAAAAUUCCGAUUUCUAUCCGGGACAAAUGCUAUGGGGUUCUUUUAACUACAAAACACCCCAUUGGCCGUGCAUGUUAAGUCCCGAUCCUGAAGACUCCCAAAUAAGGAAAAUAAUAAGAACGCCAAUGUUGCACGUAAAGUUCUUCGGCGAUAACGGCCGUCGCGCUUGGAUUCCGGAAAAUCAAGUACUACCGUACUGCACUAUGGAACAAUACAAAGAGAUCGUGGAUGGUAAGUUCAGCCAUCUUCGUCGCAAAUUGGCAUCAUUAAUACAACGUCAAGUGUGGCUGGAAGCUGUACGACAAGCGGAUGACACUCAAAGUCAACCGGUUGAGGCCAGAGAAAAACGCUACGAUGAAUUGUUGGAAGAGGACCGUGCCAAAGCAAAAAAAGCAAAAAAAUACGUUCGUGGGCGCACUAAAAGCGUCUCCUUGGGUUACCACAGUAACAGUUUUGAUGAAUCAUAUGAAUCUGGUCGGAAGCGACAGCGUUCUCCGACCCCCGAAAGUCCCGCUUACGAACCACUGCCGACAGCGUCGAAGAGCACAGAAUCUUUAUCGAAGCGCAUCAAACUCGAAUCUAACGAGCAGGAUCUGUUCCGCAAUACAAUUUCCCGGUACUUCCAAUCCAUGGCGGAAGGAAGUGAGAUUACGGAUACAGCCAGCGGAACCAGCAGCGAAUGUGACGAUAUCACCGAAAUGUUAGAGUCCGAUAAGGAAAUCUACAACAACUUUCUGAACAUCAGCCGCCUGUAUGUGUUUGAAGGUCAAACGGAAACAGAGGUGGAUCAGAAGUUGCAAAAAUACGUGCAGAAAAUUUGCGCUCUACGAAUGCAUUCCAUUGCGAAUGGGGCGAGGUUGUCCAGCCGUUUGCGCUCCCAGGCCCUGCGUAAACUUGGACAAGAGCUCGGCAUCGACAAGAGUAAGGAAAAUGGCUCACCAGUUGAGGUCAAGCCAAAACGGAAACGGGUGCAGAAAAGCUUGGAGGAGCAUUUUAUUUUCGAGCUGGAGAAAAAUUAUCUGAUGAAGGGCGUGCCAAGGGGAUCCGUUUGCGCGGUUUGCGCCAAACCAAACGAAUUACUUAAAUGUUCUAAAUGCUACAACUUUUAUCAUUCAGCCUGCCUCACGGAUACCGCUAUCAAAACGGAAACUGCCGAAGCGAGCAAGGCAUUUACUUGCACGGAUUGCAUCUUACAAAAACCGGCAACGUGUUUUGUCUGCAACGAUCAGGACAGUUCGGUCGCAGAGGAACUUAAGUAUCGCUGCGCCUUGAACGGGUGUGGCAAGCAUUACCAUUUGCCCUGCCUGCGCCUGUUUCCGCAGCACAAGUUUACAGGAAUGUCCAAGUCUAGUACGCUGUUCUGCCCGAAUCACACCUGUCAUACGUGCAUUUCGGAUGAUCCCCGUUCGAACGCGACCACCACCAAGGGCCACUUGAUCCGCUGUAUCAAGUGUCCAUCCUCGUACCACACAGAAGCCAAAUGCGUGCCGGCUGGGUCGCAGAUUCUUUCCAACGGAGCGAUGAUUUGCCCGAAGCACAAUCUAGAACAAAGUUCUCUGAACGUCAAUUGGUGCUUCCUGUGCUGCAAGGGCGGAAGUCUAAUCUGCUGCGAAACUUGUCCAACCGCCUUCCAUCUGGCGUGUCUUAAAUUCACCCCUCCCGAAGGCAAAUACAUUUGCGAGGAAUGCGAGUCAGGCCGCAUGCCACUUUAUAACGAAAUCGUUUGGGCUAAAUUUGGAGCUUUCCGCUUUUGGCCGGCAAUAACCGUACCACCUCCUAAGGUUCCGGAGAAUAUUGAGCAACUACCGCACGAAAAGUGGGAUAUUUGUGUUCGGUUUUUCGGAUCGUUUGACCACGUGUGGCUCAACAGGCGUAGAAUAUAUCUGUAUCAAGAGGGCGAUUCGGACACGGUUGAGAAUAGGCGGACGGGCAUCGCCAAGCGGUACGGCGAAGCGUUACAAGACGCCAAGAAAAUACAUGCAAUACUGUUGGCUCGAAAGGCGGCCGAGGAGUUGAGUGAGGUGGGCGAGGGUUCGUUCAAACCACCAAUGUACGUUAAAAUCAAGAGUAAUCGAUAUGUUGCUCCCCUGAAAGCGCCUUAUCAAGGCAAGGAAGAAAUGGACAAUAACGUGUGCGAAUGCAACGCGACGGACGAUGAGCCUUGUGGGCCAGAAUCGAACUGCAUCAACCGUGCUCUGCUGGUGGAGUGCAAUCCAAAAGAGUGUCCAGCUAAAGAUCGCUGUCAAAAUCAAUGCUUCGAGAAGAAACAGUAUCCGCAACUGGUAGCCAAGCGGAUAUCUCAGAAAGGUUGGGGAUUGGUUGCGAUGGAAGAUAUCCGGCAAGGUCAGUUCGUAAUCGAGUACGUCGGCGAGGUGAUCAACAAUGAAGAACUAGCACGGAGGUUACAGCACAAAGUGGCGCAGAAGGACGAAAAUUACUACUUUUUAACGGUGGAUUCCGAGUUGACUAUCGACGCGGGACCCAAGGGAAAUCUGGCACGGUUCAUCAACCACUCCUGCGAGCCAAAUUGCGAGACGAUGCUGUGGACGGUGGGUGGUGCUCAGUCAGUCGGGUUGUUUGCAAUCAAAAACAUCGAGAAGGGCGAAGAGCUAACGUUCAACUACAACUUCGAAAGCAAAGGGAGCAAUAAAAAAAUCUGCCACUGCAACGCCGGUAAAUGCUCCGGGUUUAUCGGGCAAAAGUACCGACCUCCGGUGGAAGACCAUUCCAGCAGCGGCGGCUUGAAUGGAAGACGCAAAUCUGUCAAAAAAGAAAAAGGUCCCAAACGUCGCCGAUCCAGCGCGGCACCGAGUGCCAAGAGGAGGAAAAGCUUAGCCGCCGCUGAAAAUGUGGCAUCCAAGGACACAAAAACUGAUAGUGGCAAACGCAAAAAGGAUCAGGUUACGAUCAAAGCGGAACCAACGGAAUCUACGGAUUUGGUGGGCAGUAACACCACCGUCGAUAAGCCAGACGAUGCCAAUGUGGCCGCUGCUGAAACCCCAAAAAUCGAUGAGGGACCGAUAGCAUCGAAACCUGAUUCCGAAUCCGCAGAAUGAGCAAGCGAUGACUUCCAACGAACGCUGGCGGGGCCAAACUCAUUUUUUACAUUUGAUUACGUACGUACGAGUAUUAGUACUAAAAAGAGCACAAAGAUGCCUGUGUAACAGAUAUUUAUUUCAUUCGGAAAAAAAUACAUCACCAAGUUUAUUUUAUUAGUAAUACUAAUGAAAGAAUAUGCAUAUUUUUCGAAAUUGUAUUUAACGUUGUUGUACGCAGUAUGUUAGGAGAACGAGUAAAGUUAAAUUUGUUGAUCGUUUGUUAGAAGAAUAUAGGUAGUAAAGCAGCUCAUCGGCUUAUUAUUGUGGAAAUGAAAAUUGAAACGUACAUUUAGAUUUUUUACAGCAAUUGUUUUUAGACAGAAAUGUUGGAAAUCCAAGCAGUUUACGAUGAACAAACAUUGUUUCAAUAAUUAUUUUUCCGAGUUUAUAUCUUUGAAUGAUGGCUGUUGAUAUUUGUUUAUGGUAGGAUAUUCUUCUUUUCAUAUGUACAAACCGUUAGGAAGAAAUAAACAUCCUAGAUGUACAAAGCACUCAGGAUUCCGACAAAUAUGCCGGUAGAAUAUUAAUUAAAAAAAAGAUUCCAGUGAGCGUUAACCAGCUGUUAGAUCAACUAUUUUAAGUCUUUCGUAGUAGUGUGUCUUGUGUUAUAAGUGGGUUACAUUUUCGAAGUAAUUUAAGAGUUCUGAAUAAAUCGAAUACAUAUUACAAACAA